UCCGCACCCCCCCCUGCUUCCCAACACGCCCGAGCCGGGCUAGAAAGUAAACAUAGAUUGCGGGCGUUUGGAGGAACAGGCAGUUCAGGAAGAAUCUUCCAGCAUCCCGUCUUGCACCGCGCUCAAAGAGCCAGGCACGAGCAAAGGAUUCGACGGGAGGGAGCAAGAGCGGCCGUUGCCUUAGUAACCGUUGGUUAGCAACUGGCCCAGGGAAUUGAGGUCUGAAGGUGGUACUUUACUAUUAUGUCAUCUCCAAAAAUAGCUUCACUCUCUUGGGGUCGCAUGAAGGUCCAAGACUGUGCUACUACAUAUAAGGACUGCAAGGUGUGGCCAGGAGGAAGUCGUACCUGGGACUGGAGAGAAACAGGGACUGAUCAUUACCCUGGAGUGCAGGCAGCUGACCUGGAGGAAAUCAUUAACAAAGGUGUUGAGACGUUAGUUAUUGGCCGUGGAAUGAGCGAGGCUUUACAGGUUCCUUCCAAAACGCUGGAGUAUCUUAAGAACAAAGGAGUUGAGGUGAAAGUCCUUCAGACAGAGGCAGCUGUGCAAGAAUACAACUUGUUAGCCAGUCACGGUGUACGAGUAGGAGGCGUCUUCCACUCCACUUGCUGAAACAACAAAUCAAACAAUGCCAGGCACCCUGACAACACUUUGGCCAUAGUGACCGUCCCUUGGUUUCACCACUUGAAAUGUGGUCUCUUUGUGAUUGUUUUCUUUGUGGUGUGCAGUUUGAAUUACUUAAACAGGAGGAGAAAAGGCUUUGAUGGGUGUGUAUUACACAAAAACAAUUCCCGUUUCAAACUGGACUGUCCAGUUUCAGUGUUGACUCUGGCCUUCUGCACAUUCAAAACUGGAGGACAGAAGGGUCAUUUUUACCUGCUGUCCUCAGAUUUUUUUAAAAAUUAAAAGUAUGCAUUGGGAGACCUUAAAUCCUCAUUCCCGAGGUUGUGCAUAGUUAAGACACGCACUUUCCCAUUUUGGUUAGACAUGAAGGAACUGACUAAGGAGAUCCCAUUUCAAGAAUGUGUUAUCAGUAUGGUUUCCCACUGUGUGUAGGAGAUGAUCAGGCUGGAGAGAACAAUCUCUCCUUCUGACUGUGCUUGAGUGAAUCAAAUCUGCAGUUGCACUGAGCUUGCAUGUUUGAUGUCCUGACCCAGAAUGCUACCAUUUAAAUUCCUUUUGCCUUUUAUCUUGGUAAUAGUUCCUCAAAUUGAUUAUUUUUGUUGUUAUCGAUGUAGAUUUCCUAAUAAUUGCCAUCUAUCUGUCUGCGGUUGGCUGAAUUGCACAUGCACCUGUGAAAUGCAAAUAGCCGGCCGGAUGACUGCAGAAUAGCUAUCUGCUGAAUCAGACCACUUUGAGAUUGGUUAUGAUUGAGUGAGUGACAGGAAUUCAUUCUUUCUGGUCAAUAAUUCUCAGAGAGACAUGAAAAUACGCAAGGAAAAAGCCUUGUCGCCCCUUUGAAGGGCGACGGUAGGAUAGUGGUAAUGUCACUGGACUAGUAAUGCAGAGGUCCAGGCUAAUGCUCUGGACACAUAGUUUCAAAUUCCACCACAGUACUUUGAAGUCAAUUAGUGAAUCUGGCACUGAAAGCUAGCCUCUGCAAUACUAGUACAAAAUUUUGAGAGCGUGGAUAGUAAGAGGCCUUUCCCCAGGAUGAAAAGGUCAACUACACGAGGGCACAGGUUCAAGGUGAGGGGGAAACUUUUAGGGGAGAAGUGUGGGGAGAACUCUUCACACAGAAGGUGGUGCGGAACACACUGCCAGUGGAGAGGAUGGAAGCAGACACGUUAGUAAUGUUUAAGGUGUACCUUAAUAGACACAUGCUUGUGAGGCGAACAGAAACUGCACAUGGGCAAUAAGUAACAGGUCUACAUAAGGAUUAGAAUCAGCACAGGCUUGGUGGGCAGAAGAGUUUGUUCCAGUGCUGUACUGUAUUGUAAUGGUGACCAUGAAAUUAACAUCCAUUUUUGUAAAAUUCCAUGUGGAAGAAAAUCUGCCAUCCUUACCUGGUCUGGCCCUGCAUGUGACUGCAGACCCACAGCAAUGUGCUUUUGAUUCUGAACUGACCUUUGAAUGGUUGAGUAAGCCCUCAAUUCAGGGUGGUCAGGGCUGGGUAACAAAUGCUGCCCUUGCCAGCAACACUCACAUUCUAUGAAAGAACAAAAAGGAAAGAAAAAAAUCAUCUGAAACAUGCUAGAUAAAACUCAACAUUAUCAAGUGGAGACACAAUAUGACUAGGAAGUGUUUCUUGCAUUUUAUGAGCCUUGUCUGAAUUUUGAUUCUGAUAACUUCAGUAAAACUCUGAAUUUUUCAAAGAGUGACUCCACCUCCUCCCCAUGCCCAAUUUCACCCCAUUAUCUAGUUCUUACCAGGUUACUGUUUGUGAUAACUUGCUGUGUUCAAAUCAGAUGUUGCAUUUCAUAUUUUGACAUCACUUCAAAAUUAAUUGCCAGUAAAGCAAUAUAGGACAUCUUGAGCUAGUGAAAGAGGCUACAUAAAUGCACAUUCUUCAAAUUAAGAUUGGCAAGAUGAUUUGUUUAAUCUCAGUUAACAGUUCUAUGCCAGAACAGUCCUGGUAAGGGAUCGAGCCAGGAUAAAUCCCCAUUUAAAUCCCCUUCUCUUUCUGGAAUUAGCUGUUCUCAGUUGGGACAGAUGCUAUGGCAUGGUUCCAGGAGCCAAGGACUGUAAAGAGGGAGGAAAUUAAUCAGAGUCCAGUUACCUUUUUGUAAUCCAGUGCUCACCUACUGGAAAGGCAUUAAUGUAUUGCAUAAGGUCAGGAUUGGACCGCAUCAUGCUUUUCUCAUGAUACCUUGCCACUGUACUAUUCACUGGCCAGGCCAUCAUCUCAGGGAGGUAAUAGAGAAUCCAUGUACCAAUUAAACCAUGUUCUAGCAUAUGGCCAUUGCUUAAGGAUAAGGAUAAUAUUGUAGGAGGAGGAGGAGAAAUUGAUGGUCUUGAUACAAGGGAAUGGUACAGAUAUUUUCUGAAUGUUAGCAUUACCUCAGGAGCAGUAUUCUUCUCUUUGAGUGCAAAGUCCAAGCUGAUAUUUUCAGUGCAGAACAGAAGUAGUGCUGCACUGUCAGAGGUGCCAUCUCUUGGAUGGGAUGUAAACCAGGCUCCUUCUGAGUGGACAUAAAAAAUCUCACUGGAGCCAUUUAGCAAAUGCAGAGUUUCCCCUUAUAUACAAGCUAACACGUGCUUUAACCAAACUCACUGCAUAACAGACUAACAUCUGGACAUUUACAGUAUUAGCAUUUCUGGAUGCUUGAGAUGUGCAGAUUGGCUUCCAUAUUUUCAGCAUGCGCUACUGAACAAAAACUUAAUUGGCUGGGAAGUGAUUUGAAAUGCCUGAGACAGUGAAAGUGCAGUAUCAAAUGCAGGCUGUUAUUUCCUUGCCUUGUAAAUAUUUCUUUCUGAUGGUCAUCUUCCCUCACCCAACCUACAGAUUCAUCCCAACAUUACAAGCCCUUUUGCUCAGUCUGAAAUGUGUGCCUGAUAAGUUUCAUUUUUAGUUUUAAUGGCGUAAUGGUCACAGCUUCUUAAACAUACAGCACAAAGAAGCCUAGACAGUGUCUGCCAGCUUUCGAUGGUAGAGGUAGCAAGCAAUUCACUACUUGAAGGAUAAUGUUAGAAUUUGUUCAUCUAAUGUUUUGAGUCCGUAUUCAUAGUGAGCCUUGGGAAUAUAGGUUGAUGGAAUGUUUUGUCAAGCAAUAGGAAAGAAACCUGAGAGCAAGUGUAAAUGGACUUGUGAAUAAAUAGAUAACUAAUAAAGCUAUAGUCUGCACAAA